CAUCCAGUCUCUAUGGUAACUCCACGCUGAGACGCCUGUGGGGAAAGUCGGCUAUAUAACAUUAGUAGCUUAUGAAACAAAGUUCUGCUUAGCAGAGGACGAAGCCAGUAUGGAAAAGCUUGAAGACCUCGAUCGCUUUUUGAACAACGUUGACAUAAUAACUGAGCUAGUGGGGCAUUUAAAAUCCCCUGAUGUUGAACUCCAGCAAAAGGCAAUAAAAGAGGCUGAUUGCUACAUCGCUGCCUUGGAUGAACCCUGCAGGACCAAAGUCAACAAGACUACAAUCAACUCGAACCCACCACUCCAGCCUUCCUUGGGUUCACACAAUGAAAAUCCAGAGCAUUUCAUGACAACCAUGGAGAAAGAUGCUGAAGAAAGGAGAGUGAGGAGGAUUGCUAAAGAGAAAAAGGCUGUUGCACUUAAAGACAAGGGGAAUGAGGCUUAUGCUCAAGAAGACUAUGAAACAGCUGUGAAGUAUUACAGUGAUGGUUUGGCAGAGCUACGGGACAUGCAGACAUUAUACACAAACCGUGCACAAGCCUACAUAAAGCUGAAAAAGUACGAGGAGGCCAUAGCUGACUGUGAAUGGGCUCUGAAGUGUAAUGAUAGAUGCAUAAAGGCUUAUGUACACAUGGGCAAAGCAUAUUUGAUAUUGAAGAAAUAUGAUGAGGCUAGAAACUGCUUUAAAAACAUAAUGGAAAUUGAACCUGGGAAGGAGAAAAUGGCGAAAGAAUACCUGAUCCAGGUGGAUUUGGAAGAAGACAGAGAAACUCAGGAGAUGAAUGCCAGGAAGACGUUUGAAAAAGGGGAAGGGAACUCCACAACAGUACCUCUACUGCUGGAGAAGCUUUCAAGUCCUGGUCAGAUGCCUUUAUUUUACUGUGGAGGACUGGAAAUCCUUUCACACACCAUUACUGACUGUACAGGCCAGACCCUUUUCAGGCUAAACAAUGGCUUUAGUAUCAUCAGCACCAAUGACACAGUGAGGAGUUGUCUGUUGCAGAAAUCUGAGGAUCCAAGCAGCCAGGAGUUAUGUUUGUCUGUCCUGAAGUUAUGGACAGUUAUUUGUUGCAGUAAUGACGAAAACCAAAAGCUGCUGAUGCGAUGUCCAGUCUUCAGACACGCCAUUGUUCGCCUGGUAACGUCAGAACAUGUUGCGGUACAGAAGGAAUGCUUAACGCUGCUGUCUCUGUACUCACAGACGCCACACGGCAGAUGUUUGGCAACUGACAACCUGGAUGUUCACAUAUUAGUGCGGAACCUCAUAACGUCCAUUUCAAAGAUCGAGCAACUACAGGAGAACUCAGCAGGCAAGAUCCUGGAGACUUUUGCAGGAGAAAAGAGAUUUUGCAUUCAGUUAAGAAAAGAGCUGACAGACACAGUCACUGUGCCAUUUACAACAGUAAUGGGUAAUAUCAGUAAGUCCAAUCAGCAUCUCCUUCCACCACUGAUAUCAGCUAUUGGCCAUCUGGCUCGGGAUGAUGUCAUCCUCCACACUCUUGCUCAUGAUCCAGGGUGCUGGGAUGCCUUUCUGGAAGCUGUGAAGCAUUGCAUUUCUAAUGAAUACAAAGACAUUCUCUACCCCAUGCUCGGCUUGAUCAUCAUCCUUUCUUCCAUAACCACUUCUGUCAUCAGGGAGCAUGCUGUCUCACUGUGUGACUGUUGUCUGAGCCUGCUGAAGGAUAGUGAUGGAAGAGUUAUAACAAGAGCCACAGGCGUGCUGAGCACUGUCCUCCCGCAGUCCUCCGAGGCUGUUAGGCGUGCUAUUCAGGGGGAUGUUGUCCAAACCAUGCGUCGGUUGCUGAAGGGAACAGGGCAAACUGCCACUAAGUAUGCCAUUAAGACUCUGACAGUGUGCACCGCUGCCAGUCAUUUGGCACGAGAGGAGCUGGUGAAGUCUGAUAAAAAACUGUCCAUUUUACGUCGCUUGCUGAGCUCCGGCUGUGAUGAAACGGUGUCAGGAAACGCAGCCCUGUGCUUGGCUCACUGCCUACAGCUGGAGGGAACUGCAAGCAACCUGCUGGGAACUGAUAUUGUGCUGCUGCUGCUGCGCCGCGCUGCAGGGGAUGCGGAGAGGACAGCUGUGCAGCGAAACGCGGCGAUUGCUCUGGGGAAGCUGUGUCAAUCUGAGCCCAGACACAUGAAGAAACUUAGGGAACUGCAUGGAAUUGAGAUUCUGCACUCCUGUUUGAAGCUCAUCGCCUGACCCUCGUGACAAUGACACGUUUCAGCAUAGUUGUCUGUUGUAUGCUUAGUGGCAAUACAAUGUCGGUACUAAUAGACGUUUUUCUCUUUGUAGCUCAGUAAUUACUAUUCCAGCAUUUUUCAGAAGUAUGUUGUUUGGUAGGGAAGUUAGAGUUAAGUCUGUUCAUUUAAUUCAUUUGGAUAAAAUUCUGCUUCUAAUUACCUAAUCUACAUAAAGCCAUAAACAUCAGCACCAGUAUUGGCUUCUUUUCUAUUGCCUAUGUGAAUUUUUAAUGGAUACUGAAUACAAGUAACAAGAAACCACUGAAAAGUUCACUUCUACAAAUUUGUUUGCGACAGAGCUGUAGCUCCAGCUAAAACAACUCUAUCUCACAUUAAUAUCCCAUUCUUCUAAGUUAGAUGUCCUAAAGGACAUUUUAUUUUGUGCUGGCCUUUCACAUUUUCCUCAUUUAGAGCCUUUCCAGAGAGCAGGGCUGAGUUUGAACUCGGCCAUCUGCAUGUCUCCGCGCUCACUCCUCGAAUGUUGAACCAACCUUCGCGUGAAGGUCAGAGCAAUAACUUGGCUAGCUUACCCACUGUGAUGUCUUAUAGGCUUGUAAAGUCCCAGACGUUAUAAACUAUUGCUCCCAGCCAAAAAACAGCCUCCUUUGUCCUUUGGUCUGAUGAGGCUCUGAUGCUUCUGCUUCUGUCAAUGUGUCAAUGACAUCCACAAGGUACAGUACUGCAUCCAUCUUACAGUAUUAUACUGUGAGUUCCUAUAGUAAUAUAUACUGUAUAUAUUAUACUAUAUAUGUUAAAUGCAAUAUUUAUAGACAACAAUGGCCUGCCCUCAUCUCCCCACUGUACCCCACCUCCCUUUUCCAAUACAUUGUGAAGUGCAACUGGCCUCUGGCAAACCCAUCCACAGCAAAGUUAUCGCACAUUCUUUUUAAGUUUUAUCUAGUUAGAAGUAAUUUCAAGCACAGUGUGUGAGUGGUGUCGUUUGCUGCCGGGCACAUUGAUGGCACAAAAUUCUGAGCUUGGUCUGCCCGUCUGCUGCAUGUCCCCUGCAGAGAGGCGUGGUUUAUGUGCUUCCCACAGUCACUGUCUAUGUCACAGCUUUACUAGAGCAGCAAAACUACAAUUACUAUUAAAGAUUUACUUAUUAACUGGUAGUGAACUCAGAUUGUACUUGUGCAGGGAGAGACCAGUGUAACAGUACAGUACAUUACAUGCAAAAAUACAAACCUUGGUGAUAUUUGAAGCCAAUUAUAUUUGGUGUUUUAGCAGUUUUUAAAGAUGUGAAAAAAAGGUUAAUGGGAACAUCAUGCGCUUAAAAGACAGAAACUUAUGCUAGAGUAUUAAUUCAAAUAGCUCAGUUCAAUUAAGAAAUAAAUGCAUCCUUUACAACUAUACAGCGCAUGUACAAAAAGGAAAUGUAAUCCAUGAAAACUAAUGAAGACAAAAGCUCCUUGUACAGGAUGAUGCUCUGAUAACACCUGAUACCUUCUGCUCAGUGGGACUAAGCUGCUAUAAGAACAGGUUUUUCACAUGGACCUGGGGUACAGUAUUAUAAACAGGACUCAAGAGAAAUGAGGAGCGUUUAUUCUGUCACACUGGGACUUGUCCUGCUUACUGGUAUGUGCUCUUUUGUUGUGUUGCUCAUUUGUGUCACUGCUACUAAAUAUUUGUGUCAGAAAAGUAUACAUUGUGACUUGUGUUUACAUUUUACAUUUACUAUUUAGCUGGUUACACCUACAUUUUCAGUUCAUUCAACAGUUCUGCCUCGUUGCCAGACAUACUACAAUAUGUUGUGUAAUUAGUGUAUGAUGUAAAAACCCUGCUACAAACAGCAGUGUCAACGUGGAUUAAUCUGUUCACCUCCCACGCUGUCUGAUCAUUUAUUCUGUGCACUUGACACCAAUGUUUUCAUUCCUGUUCUUGUUUAUCAUAUAAAUUAAUAACGAGACCUGAAUUAAGUGUUUGAAUAAACAUUAGUGCAUCUAAAUCAGAAAGCAAAUAUCGAUCACAGUCCAAGCUAAUGUGUCCACAUUUUUUCUGUUUGGACACUCAGAACAUUCAGCGGUUUAUUGUGAGUUCUGCUGCAGCUUUGAGCAAAUUUAUAUUUUGAGGCAUAAGAAGGUGAAGAUGAUCACUAUUACUGAACCUGUCAGAUAAUGUAUGGUACACAGAUCUCACGAUGCGCCAAUCUAUGAUCUAUGCCAAGCAAAAAUUGAACGCUGAACUAUACAUCAGCUCCAGAGCUCACUAGGGCCCGUUGACAGAAAGGCAUAAAUCCAUCCGUAAUGUUCCCUGAUCAUAGUGUGACUAUUACGAAGUUCUGCAGACGGCGGAAAUGAAUCAUUUUAACUGCAUUGUCAUUGCAAGGAUGUGUCCUUGGACACAUUGGAGACAAUAUGUGGUAUUAUUAUUAUUAUUAAAUGGACCCAUUAAUCAAAAUAUUCCUCAUAUCACCUCCAGUGUUUAAAACCUGAAUAGGUUUUCUUAAUUAUAGAGACAUAAACUUAAGCCAAGUCCAAAAAGUCAGUCAAUCUUUGUGUAUUGUUGUUGACUAUAAUAAUGUGAUAAUAUAUAUGAUUCAUUGCAGUCAGCAUGAGGGUGAAUGGAACUGAAUCAAUAUUUUGUAUUGUAGGUUUGACCUGUUAAUCAUGAGAACGGAGAACUCCUGCUGGUGUUAAAUCUAAAUGGCUCUACUUCAAUACUGUCGGCACACAAUGGCUGUUAUUUUGACCUUGGUUAAUACAGUAUGUCUUAAAUGUAGACAUUGAUGUAAUAUUGGCAUAAUAAUUCUGUGAAUUGAUGAA